AUGAAACUUUCAAGUCUAAAGCUGAAUCUGCUGCUAAGCCUAAAUUUAUUAGGGUGGACACAUGCAAUAUUUAUACCAUACAUCAGCUCCCUUAUUACUUUUCCUUCGAUGAUUGUUGAUAUAAGCAUUUCAAGUUGUGCAUCUGUGAUGCCCCUAAUUAAUACGACCCCACGUCCUAAAUCCAAGCGGGCAUUACCUGUUAUCACAUUGGGUCAGAAUACAAAUACUGCUGUGGUAGUUCCCGAUGAGAGCGGGACUGCAAUUGUGCCAAAUGUUGCAACUUCUGAGUCGCCUGGCAACCUCCCACGAUUUACGCCUCAAGUAUUAACCUCUUAUCGCAACAAACAUACCAAGGAUACUAUUAUUCCUUCUGGAUUUUUAUUUAUGGCAAUCGGUAUGGUUUUUGCGUUGGUUGUAGCGGUGUAUUUGGCUAGCUGGUUAGCUUCUGUCCUUCGCUCACGGCUCAGCAUCCGACAAGAACAAUUUAUUUCGAAUGUAAUAUACCCAAAUCAAAAUUAUGAUGAUGAGGCAAGCUACUCAGGUACUGCAUCGAUAAAAGAUCUUUCUGAGAAACUAGGUAACUCUAAAAUGACGAAAUACGGUAUUAAAAAAAGCCCAGGUAGUAUGAAUUCUCUAAAUUCUUUUACCACUCUCAAUAAUUCGAUGUCUACAAGCGUCUACAAAGACGCCAGUAUUCAGAGAUACUCCUCUGCGCGAGAUAGCACUGCCUCAAUGUACGUCUCGCCCACCGAUUUACUGCAACAACAAAGAAGAUACUCUAUCGGAAGUUCCACCCUUUCCUUUUCAGGUUCUUUUCUUGAACCAUAUCCAUUAGUAAUCGUGCCCAAGAGUUCGUGCGAGUUACUAGUAAGACAGCCCACACGGCAGCCCACAUGGCAGCUCACACGUGGAAAAUCUAACUUAAAUCCAUUUAAAGAUACUUAUAUACCACCAAGUGCUUACCUGGAUAACAUGUUGGAUACCAGCUUAAAAUAA